AUGCCGAGAAUGAGGGCCAAUAAUUCAAGCUCCAAUAAUGACAAGACUGAGGCCCUCGGUGAAUUCGUCAAGACUUUAGGGGCUAUGACACAAAUUAUUUUGCCAGCCCCAUCUAAACCUGCCCCUGACUCGAAUGAUAGUAGCUUAAUAGAGAAGUUUUGGAGGUUGGCUCCUCCGACCUCCUUAGGGCUUGGAGGAGUAGAAAAGGCUGAGAGAUGGAGGAGAAAGGUGGAGAAGAUAUUCAAAGUUUUAAAUUGCACUGAUGAGCAAAAAGUAAGGCUAGGCACUUUCAUGCUUGAAGGGAACGCUGAGCACUGGUGGGGCUCGGUAGAACAAUCUUGGGAAAGGUCAGGAACAAAAAUGACUCAGAAGAAUUUUUUAGAAGCCUUCAAUGAAAAGUACUUUGGAGCUGCAACAAGGGAAUUUAACUAUGUAGCAGUAUACAACCAACGGAGAAUCAAGAUACCGGUGGUAAGAGAGUAUCUGGAGAUCUUUCCCGAAGAGUUAACCUCUUUGGCCCCAAACAGAAAAAUAGAAUUUGAGAUAAAUGUGAUCCCUGAUACUGUUCCCAUCUCUAAAGAUCCUUAUAGGAUGGCCCCAGCUAACCUAAAGGAGUUAAAAGAACAAUUACAAGAGUUGCUGGAGAAGGGUUUUAUUCGACCUAGUGUGUCACCCUGA